AUGGAGCAGCCACUGACGUCGGAUGAGGUUUUUGAGUGGGUGUUGGCUCGGAUUGCUGAGCGGUGGAAUCAGGAGGUGUUUGGUCAGUUAGAGGUACAGAAGGCGAGUACUUUGUCGAUUUUGCAGGAGUGGGAUGAGAAGGAAGAAAGAACGGGAUUGUCGACAGAUGAUGUGGUGUGUCGGGAGGGGGCGCAGAAGGAUUAUGGGCGGAUUGCUAGGAUGAAGGAUAUUAGUUAUCGCCAGAAGUCCAGGUGCUUGUGGUUGAAGGAUGGGGACUGGCGAUUGUGGGUUAAUUGGGUGUUGCUUUCCUCAGAAGUGGAUAUCCGGAAUGGUAUUGUGGGUUUCUACCAGCAUCUUUUUAGGGAUGAAGGGGAGGGGCGGCGACUAGAUUUGGAGGGAGUAAUUUUUGAUACUAUUUUAGAUGAUGCGGUGUUGAUGCUGGAGUGCCGUUUGCGGAUGAGGAGGUUUGGGGUGGAAGUGAAGGCCGUAUUAGAUCAGUUUUAUCAGGAGGGACAGUUUGAGAAGAGUCUUAAUGCCACUUUUAUUGCUUUGAUUCCCAAGAAAGGUGGGGCGGAGGAUAUUAGAGAGUUUUGGCCAAUUAGUCUUUUGGGUAGUGUCUACAAAUUAUUGGCUAAAGUUCUGGCUAAUAGACUUCGGGGUGUUUUGGAGGGGGUGGUGUCAGAAUCUCAGAAUGCGUUUGUGGGGGGUCGUCAAAUUUUGGACGCUAUGUUUGUGGCUAAUGAAUGUGUGAACUCGUGGGUUCGGCAAGGAAAUGUGGGCAUUAUGUGCAAGCUGGAUAUUGAGAAAGCUUAUGAUAUUGUAAAUUGGAAUUUUCUGUUUCUUGGUUAA